AUGGAAGAUGAGCCAGACAUGGUUAAAAUUAAAGACAUUGAUGAAAACACAUCUUGCCGCAUUUGCCUAGAGAGAGGAGACCCAGAAACUUAUUUAUGCAUCCCUUGCAAUUGUUUGGGCUCUAUUCGAUAUAUACAUCCUGACUGCUUAAAAGAAUGAAUUAAAGAAUCAGGGUCAGUCGAGUGUGAAAUUUGCCAUAGCAUGUAUAAAUCACGAUGGUCUAUUUGGGCUUAUGAGCAUAAUUUAAUAUUCGCUUUUAUAUUAAAAUUGGUUUUUAGACAAUGAGAAUAAUAGCAAGCAAGCUUAAUUUUUAAAUAUAAUAAUCAAUCCAAUGCAUUAUAAGAAAUGAAAAUACACAGCAACCUGGGCAAGAAGCUGCUAAUGGCAAUGAUCAAGUCCCUUUAUGGAAGGUAGCAUUGAUUUUGCUCGUUACUCUAACAAUUUAUGGAGGGAUUGUGGUUGCUUCAGCAGAUGAUAUUACUCAACUGAACUUUAAAGGAGCCCUGCAAGUGCUUUUCAGAGGAUUACUGUGUCUGAUUGUUAUAAUGCUAGCAGCAUAUACAGCUUUAGUGCGCUGGGGAUUAGGGAUACUUAUAAUUCAGCCUUUGGAGUAA